CUCUUAACUCUUCUUCCCAUUUCCAUUGGUGCAUUAUGAAACUAAGUGCUUGUGAUUGCCUCUCUAUUCAAAGGAAAUCUUGAGUUCCAAUUCUAACAAGUUCUGGCUUCUUGUAAACAAACCAAUGAAAGAGACUAAUGUUCAAGGAGAAGUCUUCAAGAGUAAUGGAAACACAAUUUCUGUGAAAAAGUAUGCACUUUCGCCUGAAGAACAUAACAAGCUUAUUUAUGUGAUACAUAAAACUCUAAAUGAUCACAACCAUGUUAUUGAGGAUGACAAGCUACAGUUAGUUAUAAACACAAUCAUGAAACAUUAUGUAGAUGUCUUCACUGUUGGUUCUACCAUAACAUGUGAAAGCAAUCAAUGGUGGAUUGGAGGCUUUCGUCCUUCUCAAAUUCUUCAGGUUAUUCUACCUCAACUUCAACAUAUGUACACCCAGCAACAACUUAGUGAUAUUUAUAAUCUUGGACAAUCAUGUCAACAAGCAGAAUAUGCUCUUGCACAAGGCAUGGUAAAACUAAAGCAAAAUCUUGAUAUAUCAGCAACAGCAGAUGGCAAAGGGUUUCAGUUGUCGUAUGUACCUCAACAACUAAGCUUCUUUAAAGAGGCUGAUAAUCUUCGCCAAGAAUUCUUACUUCAGUUUUGUCGUCUCCUUACGAUUUCUCAGCAAGCUGAAUUUGUAGUUGCUCUCGAGGAACAUCUGCAUAAUCCGCAGCCUCGGAGCUCACUGUGAGGAUUCUCAAGAGUCGAGACAAGUGAAACGAAACUAUAUAAAUUAAAUAAACUUAGUUUGCAGCCAAUUAAUUUGGUAUCAAUGUGUUGCAUCUAAUGAAUUUGGUAUCCAUAAAACAAAUUGUAUUAUGAAAAAUACUCUGGAGAGUGUCUUACUUGCUUACUCCUGUUUGUAAUCAAUGCCCAUAUUGAGGUUUAGUGUAUAUUUGUUUUUAUGGUGAAAUUUCAUUGAACGCAAAUUCUACUUUAAUUAAAAUUCUGAGUUCAAAAUAACUAAACCUUUUCAGUAGGCAUGACAAUUUGACUUGCAUCGGCGUGAGUCCAUCGGAACCCGCACCCAUCAAAUAUUUAUGGGUACAGCAGGCAAGUUGUUGGUGGCAUAAACUGGAUGUAAAUAAGUCGAGAGGAAAUGACAGGGGAAACAAACAAGCCCCAAACAACUCAAUUCUAGUAUAACUUAAAAAUACUCAUAAUGCCUUAAAAAAUGUUGUCUAUGCUUACUAUAGAACUUGUACUAAGACUGAACUUCAAAUUCUUAUAGAUAGUUCUGGUUUAAAGCAAUCAAUAUUUCCGUGCUCUAAAUUUUUAUGGAACCUGCAAAAGGGUUAUGUGCAGAAAAGCAACAAAAAAAAUGCGACAAACAGACUGAACUGACCCCUCACAACUGAAAAUGCAGUUUGUGUGCCAUACAGAUAUUAUUAGAGAGCUUUACUGUAAAUAUGCAUAGGAGUAAAAAAAAUUAUGUCCUAGUAUAACUAACUAAUCACCAAAGUGUGUCAAAGGAAUGUUUUGUUCCAUGUUAGCAUUCUUCAUAAGGGGAAAUAAAGAGGAACCUUGGGAUGUGAAGGAUAAAAAAAGAUGAUACUGCCAAGAAUAUAUGAAUUCUGCAAAUCACUUCUCAUUCAAACACAUCUGAGAAACCAGUUUGAUAACUUCCCACAUAGGCGCGUCAUU